UGUCACAUCUGUCAAGUCAAUUCGCGUGGUUACGGAGCCAAAUUAAAAAUUAUUGCAAUUUUUAAUCAUUAAUGUUGUAAAAUAUCAAUGGCGAAGCUUCAUAGCUAUUUCGUGCUGUGUCCUUUAAUCGAUCAGAAGAGUUUCCUGGGCGUAUCUAAGGAUAAAGACGCCGAGUUUGUGAUCGUUACUUUGGGCCGCAAUGUUGUGAAUAAAUACAGGCUUUCAGAUCAAAAACAGGUUGGAGGAUGGACUUCCAAGGACCACAUUACAGCUGCAGUCAUCUACGACAAGGAUCAGGGAGCGUAUGUGGGCGUGUUCAACAAAAACAUCAUCAAGAUUUGGAAAGAGGACUCGGAUAAUUUGGAUAAAGUUAAAAAAUAUAAGUUUCCUCUGAACAUUCUCAAACUGGUGCCCAGAUACGGGGAACCAGCACUUGUUAUAUUUGAAAAUGGCAACUGUGCCGCUCUUCCUUAUGCCCUUGAGAACCGUAAGACGUAUGAAAGCAAAGGACAAAUUAAAGACAGUGAAAGUAUUGUCGACGUAGCUACAUACUCAGUCAAUAAUGUUGGGCACGUCUGCUAUAUCACUAAAGACGGCAAGGAUAGACAAGAAAUCGUUGUAAGCCCCCUCAGAGAAGAACUGGGUGAUAUGGAGAAGUCUAAGCUGAGUAAAGUCAAAAUCACAAGACCAGAUGAUGUCUAUGUUGUUGGGAAACUUAUAAACACAAAAGACAAGCCCACAGUUUAUAUUCUAUGGAGUGACUCAAAAAUGACAGUUUACGACCUCCUCUCAAAGUCUUGGAAAUCAGUAGGAUCAGUACCUUGGGUGUCUACCCUGUCUACCGUGUCCCUAGCUUGGAUGGGCAAGAACCACCUCAUCGCAUUCGGCAGCAACACUGACCAAGACGGGGCCAUCAUUGUAGCUUACAACACUUUGCUUGGUGUCGGAUCAUGCAGAUAUCCCAUGAAAAUGUACACAGAAGAUGCCAGGUUAUACUGUUUCUAUGACAGAAUCAUCUUAGAGGCGUCUAAUCAUAUUGGCAUGCUACCCUAUGUGUUGGAAACCAAAAGAAAUCUUUCCAGUCUGCUUGGUUCACAUGAGAUCGUCCAAGAUGAAUGCACAGAAAUAGCAGACUGGGGAACUCCGACCAGACCAUUAUACACUGCCAGUGACGAAAUAAAAGAACUCUUGAAACUUGGAAUUACUGAAAGAGCUGUCUGCUCACAAGUGGUACAACCAUACUUUGAAAAAUGUGACAGUGAGGGUAUAAAAAAUGUGUUGAAAGAAUUCAAUGAUAUUCCAGAGUCAGUUUUAGUCCAGUUACUAAAUUAUACCUUAAAAUUAGCUCACUACACUGAUGCAUGUUUUGAUGAUUUUGAAAAAUGGUACAAUACCUUUUCAGAAAACUCAAAACCUGUAAAAGAACUGCUGGAUUAUGCAUUUGAAAUAACUUUCAGUGAUGCCCUCUUGAUACCCUAUCUCAGAGAGUCUUUGAAUCUGAAUGAUACAUUAUUUCUGAUGUCAUACAUGUCACACUUGCUUAUGGAUUCUGAGACUGAAUUCAAUACUGAUUAUGAAAGUAAGCUGUGUGACUGGUGUAUACUUCUUACUGACGCAUUUUAUCAACAGUUCCUGAUGACAAAAGAUGAGAAAGUUACAAAUGUGCUGUGCCACACUCUGGAAGUAGUGUCAAGUUUGGUGCAACAACUAGACAAAAUAGAUGAACUGUUGCCUCUUUUGAACAAGUUUGUAACAGGAAGGUUUAAACCACAUGAGAAUGAAGAUUCCUUACCUUAUACUAUUGAAUUGAUGCAAAUAUAACUUCUUUUUACAUACAA